GCGAACACAACUGUUUGUUGCUGUAAUGCCAUUUUUAGAGUAACACGAAGUUAAUCGGAUGGUUGAUGGAAUAAGCGUUUGCGUUUAUGUUUAAAUUGAUUAAUAAUCAUAUCGUAACAGGUCUGUUAAUCUGCUGACAGGCUGGGAUCUUAAAUGGAGUAAGAGUGGAGCCCCGAUGAGAUGACUGACCAGGGCAACAAUAAUCACAACAUCUCCUGCAACCCCUUUGCUGCCCUCUUUAGCUCACUGGCUGAUGCCAAGCAGUUUGCAUCAAGCCAAAAACCACAACAGCAGUCUGCUCAACCGCCCUCGGAGGACUCUGGAGACAGCCAGUCAGAGUCUGAGAAUUCUGUCUCUGACAGUGUCGACGACAACGAUGACUCCGUGGCAGAGAUCAGCCGCUCCUUCCGGUCCCGGCAGGAGCUCUGUGAGCAGCUCAAUGUCAACCACAUGAUCCAGAGGAUAUUUUUAAUCACUCUCGAUAACAGUGAUCCCAGUCUGAGAGGAGGUAAUGGGAUCCCUCCUCGGUGUGUUUACUUGGAAGAAAUGGCUGCAGAUCUGGAUGGUCAGGACUGGCUGGACAUGGACAACAUAGAGCAGGCUGUGUUUAACCGCCUGCUGCUAUUAGAACCGGGAAACCAUCUCAUUUACAUGACAUCCUGCAGUGCAGUGAACCUCUCUGCUGACCGGGAUGCAGGAGAAAAAUGUGCCAUCCCUUACCUUUUUGCUUGUUACCAGAGAGCCAAGGAGGAGUUGACAAAGGUUCCUGAAAAGUUACAUUCAUUUGCUGUCCGCUGCAAGAACCUGACUGUGUCCAACGGGCGAACUGUUCUGCUCACUCCAGAGAUCUACGUCAAUCAGAAUAUCUAUGAGCAGCUGCUCGACCUGCUGCUCCAAGGUUUCACUGCAGCACGGCCCGAGGAGGUGGUUGAGUUUGUAGAAGAGGUCAUUGCAGGUCUGCUGUCAGACCAGGAGGUGCGUACCUUUGAGGAGGUGAUAGUCCCAGUCUUUGAUAUCUUCCAGGGGCGCAUUAAAGACUUGGAUCUCUGCCAGCCUCUGCUCUACUUCUAUCUGGAGGUCCUCCUUUAUUUUAGCCACAAUAAGGAUAUUGCAAAGGUGUUGAUGGAGCACAUACAACCCAAAGACCCAGCUAAUGGUCUGCAUUACCAGAAGAGCCUGCUGGGGAUGGUUUUGAAUAUAUCCUGCUUGCUGAAAACCCCAGGUGUUGUAGAGGGGCAUGGCUACUUCCUGAACCCUUCUCGCUCCAGUGGCCAGGAGACAAAGGUCCAGGAGGCCAACAUUCACCAGUUCAUGGGUCAGUAUCACGAGAAACUGCACCAGAUCAUGAAAACCCUCCUGCAGCGGUCUGCCGAAACACGCCACUUGCUGCUCACCUGGCUCGGCAACUGUCUGCAGGCCAAUGCAGGCCGAGCUAAGAUCUGGGCCAACCAGAUGCCAGAGAUCUUCUUCCAAAUGUAUGCCUCGGAUGCAUUUUUCCUCAACCUGGGCGCUGUUCUCCUGAAACUCUGCCAGCCUUUCUGCAAGCCUCAUUCAUCUAAGCUGCUCACUUUUAACCCCACUUACUGCGCGCACAAAGAUGUGAGCGAAGAAGAGCGGCGAAACCGCAACAUCCACGCAAGAGGUCUCGACAAGGAGACCUGCCUGAUCCCAUUGCCUCCUCAGCACCAGGUUGAGUUUGCACAAUCCUACAGCCUACUGACUGAAAACCUCAUCUUCACACAGCUCACUCUGCAUCUUGGCUUUCACAGACUCCAUGAGCAGAUGGUCAAGAUGAACCAGUCUCUCCACCGGCUCCAGGUGACAUGGCAGGAUGCCCAGCGAGCUGGCAGCCCCAUGUCAGAGCAGCUCUUGGAGCAGUUUGAGCGUCUGAUGAUUGUUUAUCUGUCAACCAAAGCUGCCACUACACAGCCCGUCAUGCUGCAAUGCUGCCUUAACCUCCAAGCUUCCACUGCUGCUCUGCUAGUUCAGCUUAGCAUGGGAAACCAGGGGCCCGAACAUGUAGCACUCAGCUUUCCUCUGGCAUCCCUGCACAGCUCCAUGCUCUGCUACGUACCUGAGUUUUUUGCUGAAAACAUGGGAGACUUCUUCAUCUUCCUGCGACGCUUUGCGGACGAUGUCUUGGAGACGUCUGCAGAAAGUCUUGAGCAGAUCCUUAACUUCAUAACAGUCUUCAUGGGAAACAUUGAGAGGAUGAAGAAUCCUCAUUUAAGAGCAAAGCUAGCAGAGGUGUUAGAAGCUGUGAUGCCUCACAUGGAGCCCCUGGCUCCUGGUGCUGCUCAGCCAAUCGUUUUCCAGAGAGAGAGAGUCUUCUGCUCGUAUGUUCAUGCACCUCAGCUGGCUGAGGCCCUCAUCACUGUGUUUGUUGACAUUGAAUUUACAGGCGAUCCUCAUCAGUUUGAACAGAAAUUCAACUACAGGAGACCCAUGUAUCCGAUUCUGAAGUACAUGUGGGGCAAAGAGAGCUAUAGAGAGAGCAUUAAGCAUUUAGCAAACUAUGCAUCUGAGAACCUGGAGGCCAUGAACCCCCCUCUGUUCCUCCGGUUUCUCAACCUGCUGAUGAAUGAUGCCAUCUUCUUACUGGAUGAGGCCAUUCAGUACUUAAGUAAAAUUAAGAUUCUGCAGCUGGAGCGUGACAGAGGGGAGUGGGAGAACCUGGCCCCUGAUGCCAGAAGAGAAAAAGAGUCGAGUUUGCAGAUGUUCGGACAACUGGGGCGCUUCCAUAACAUCAUGUCCAAUGAGACUAUUGGCACACUGGCCUUUCUGACCUCAGAAAUCAAGGGUAUCUUUGUGCACCCGUUUCUGGCUGAGAGAAUCAUCUCCAUGCUGAACUACUUUCUGCAGCACCUGGUUGGUCCAAAAAUGGGUGCGCUUAAAGUCAAGGACUUCAGUGAGUUCGACUUUAAGCCGCAGCAGCUCGUUUCUGACAUCUGCACGAUCUACCUAAACCUGGGUGAUGAGGAGAACUUCUGUGCCACUGUCCCAAAGGAUGGACGCUCAUACUCGCCUACACUCUUCUCCCAGACUGUUCGUGUGCUAAAGAAGAUCAACAAGCCUGGCGACAUGAUUGUGGCGUUCGGCCUCCUUGCAGAUAAAAUUAAGUCCCAUGCUGAUAGGCAGCAGCAAGAAGAGGAAACCUAUGCUGAUGCCCCAGAUGAAUUCUUGGACCCCAUUAUGUCCACCCUGAUGUUGGAUCCUGUCCUCCUCCCCUCUUCCAAUGUAACUGUUGAUCGAUCCACCAUUGCAAGACAUCUCCUUAGGUUUGUUGUCUUUUCUUAUUGUGUUUGGCUGAAGUAGAUGUUAAAAAAGGGA